AUGACUUUGAGAUCCCAGACAACCAAGGCACCAGAGCCUUAUAUUUUGCAUGCUACGGAUGAAUGGGAUGGAAAUGACGGUGCAUGGUCCACUUUUCGAAUCAGUAUCGGAAAUCCUCCUCAAGAAUUUCGACUCCUCAUAUCGACAUCUGGCCACGAGACUUGGGUUCCAAUUCCAGAAGCAUGCAGUCAAGAUGGACUGAGCGAUAUUUCACUACAACACUGCGCAUCCACAAGAGGCGUUGAAUCAUUUAAUAGUAUGGCAAAAAUGAUUGGACUCUAUGACCUCGGACUGGACAGUCACCUAAACUACAGUGGAAACGGAGCUUAUGGCUACGACACAGUUCCCUUCGGAGGAGCUCAAUCAGCAGAUGCUUUGAGUAUAGAUCACCAAAUAGUAGCAGGAUUUGCCACAAAGGACUACUACAUCGGCAUGUUGGGCACUAUGAUCCCGAGUAUGUCUUAUGGGUAUACAGCUGGUGCUCAUUAUCGCUAUAGGAAAGUCUCAGGAAGCCUUGUCCUUGGUGGCUUUGACCAGUCGCGAUUCAGGCCUUUGAACUUCAGCUUUGCGUUUGCACAGAAAACAAGCCUCCAAGUCGGUAUACAGUCUAUAUUGGUCUCAGAUACACUACACGGCCAAGGAUUGACUUCAAUGUCCCUGGAAGAGGGGCAUUUAUCCGUCAUUGAUUCAACAGUCCCACAUAUGUGGUUUCCGGCGGAAGUAUGCGACAGAUUUGCUGAUGCUUUCGGUCUGACUUAUGAUCUCACCAGCGAUCUUUACCUCGUAAAUUCAACAAUCCAUGACAGGCUGCGAGGGCUUAAUGCGACAGUACAAAUCAAGAUCGGCCAGAACCUGAACCCGAGUGAGAACAGCACCACCAUCUCCUUGCCAUACUCCGCACUGGAUCUGGAAGUUUCCAGCUCUUAUGUCACAAACACCAGUUAUUACUUUCCCAUUCGCCGUGCUGCCAACGAUUCUCAGUACGUCGUUGGUCGAGCGCUACUCCAGGAAGCAUACCUUGUGGUCGACAACGAGCGAGGCAACUUCACUCUCGCCCAGACCAUAUUUUCUGAUCCGUUGCCGGCCCAAGACAUUGUAACAAUCAAGCCACCGGGAGACGAAUUAGCUCAUGAAGGACCUGAUCUCGGAAAUGGCGUUAUCGCGGGCAUCGUCGUCUCCUGUAUUGCCAUUUUUACAGCUCUUUUGGUAGUAUUACUCUGUCUCCGCCGACGUCGCAAAACUUUACAAGAGAAUUUCAGUCCAUACGGCGAUUGCUCCCAAACCACCAAGCUAUCAGAGCUGGAUAUCGCCAACGAAAUCGCAGAAAUUGCGGCUCCAGCAAAUGAUAUGACAGCCUCCAGCAAUGAGACAGUGGCCAAUGAGCUGGAAAACACUCAAGUGUCGCAAGUACACGAAAUGGAAUAA